GCGCGGCAUGGCGGCGAGGCGGGCGGCGGGAGGCGGCCGGCGGCCCGGCCUGCGCUCGCAGGGCGCUAGGGCAGCAUCAAGGCAACUUAGGGGGAAGGCUGGCGGGGCCUAUUGUCUGCGCGGGGCGGCGGGGCGGCGGGGAGGCCUCCCCCCGCGGGCGCCGCGGCGCUUGGUACGGCCCAGGCAUUCAUGCCAAGCGGCUCUGGCGCACGGCGCUCGCCUCCCGCGGCUGCUGACAAGCCGCAAACGAGGCGCCCCCUCCCGCCGCCUCCCCCGCCCCGGCGGCGGGCGGGACGCGUCGCGGCCUCCCCCGCCUCGCGCGCACCGGCGGCGGCGGCCCCGGGUCCCUGGGGGCCGCUCCGCCUGGGCCUCCCUCCUUCGCGGGGAGCCGGGGCCUGGCCGAGAGCCACGGUGCCCGUCGAGCUCCGCGGCCGAGCUGCUGGGCGGGGGGCGCGACGUGCCCGAGGUGGCGGGAGCCAUCUCGCACGGCCGUCGUCCCCGUCCCAGCGCCGGCUCCUGUCGAGGGGCGCAGGCCCGUGCCCCGAGAACAGCAAGCCUCCAGCUUUCGGGGCUUCCAUGGGAGCCCAGUGAGGAGAUCAGAGUGGCUCCCAGGCCACACGACGCGCCCUGAGCUCGGGUUGGGGCCAAACCCUUCGGUGACGCCCUGGCCGUCCAGGCCUACGUGCCCUCCAUCUGGCAAAAGCUAAACCGAAACGUGGCCGGUGUGAAUCACGGAGCAGCGUGCCUGGUGCACGGGUUCACGAGGGUUCAGUCGGCGCAGCGAGGAGCCACAUGACCCACUGUCAUAGGUUUCAUAACAAAACCACAAAACUCCAUCUCAAAAAACACAUCCCUGUCCAGGGACAACAAAAGGUUUUUCUGGGAGGCUCAGUGGAAAAGGACUGCGGAGCCCAGAAGUGUUGCACAAGCAUCAGCUGGUUUCGUUUAAUAAAAAUAAUUAUUCUAAUCACAAUAAUCGCCACUCAGAUAGCUUUUCUGUCCGGUGAUCUCAAAGACACUUCGCUAACUUGAGCAAGUAUUUUUGUCUAAAUUUAACGAGGGGCAAAACAAAGUCAAGACAGACAGAAUGACCUACCAAGGUCAUCUUGCGAAUCUGCAACAGAAGGGAGAAUGCACGGUUCUGAAUUCAGGAGCCCAACAGAGAAGCCACCUCCCAAAAAUAGAGCUCCUACGGUCUCCCCAAACUCUAAAGUUUUAUUAAAUCGUAGAAUAAUAGAAGUUCGGCAUCAGUCCAUGUUGCUCUGUGAAGAGUUUUAAUCAGGUCCAAUUUGCAGUUUGGAUACUAGGACAGAUACAAAUGACGUGUUUCCUAGGAAAGAGAAAUGGAGGUCAAGCAAGGAAGAAAGACUGUGACCAAGAAAGGCUGGAGACGGAGAGAGGAACGGGCUGGGGGAAGCGCAGCCAGAGUGGAAAACCAGUGUGCACACAGGCACCAUAGCCCUGGGCACCAAAGCCACUUGACGGUGCCGGAGCUCUGCCCUGAGAGCAGCUGAAGCCAGAGUUUGUUUCUGAAUGAGAGACCUGGGUCUUGUCAGGGUGCCAUAAAGGCUGGGGUCCACGCAAGCCAUCCUAAAAAGCUCAGGAUUUCUACAUCUUCUCGUAGUCCUUUAAGGAAGAACAAACAUCCCUGGGCUGCCACAGGUUGAAGCCUGAUCAUUUUCGGAUCCACAUUCUGCUAAUGGGAAAAAAACAACCCAGGGCUAAACUCACCUUGUCUAGGAAGGCUGCACCCAGCAGAAACAGCCUCUCUUGGCCGCUCCCAGUCUCACUUUUUAGGCUGCUUUUGUACCUCAAUGAAGGUGACUUCGUCCUCUCUGCCAGCCCUCAGACCUGCUAGAGUCUAACCAGCCCUGGGUGAGACCACGUCUUCUUGCAGCUGAUGAGAGCUGCUGCUCUCCUGGCGGGGUGGAUUUUCCCUCUUCCUUCAUUUCCAUAACGUUUCUCUUCUGUUUACUUUCCCAUUGCACUCUCCUCAUGGCCCCAAUUCAGGACAGCGUGUAAGCACAUGUUUAAUCUCAUUGAUCUCAUGGCACUCCACGUACGAAGGAAAACGCGGGUCCCUUCGCCGAGUGCUUGUCUCUGAAUUCUGAAGUGGUCACCUGAGGGUGACCUGGGCCGUGGGCAUCCCCCUCUCCUCAGGUGAAAUGCGGAACAAAGCAGGGUGCCGAUCCCUGCAGAUGCUUCCAGCCCAGCGUGUGCCCAGGGAAGCCACAGUGCCCUUGGCAGGAGAGGUAAGCAUGCCCUCUCUCCUCAAACAGGCGCGGCUCAGAAGCUGGAGCACUUCCACGGGAGACACAGACAGGAAACGCCAGCGGCAGAGCAGGCAGCACAGGCUGGGGCUUCUGAAUCCUCCAGGAGUGCUUUAACCCGCCUGGACGGUGCACCUUACCAGGAAGCAUCGACCUCGCAGUUUCGUACGGUGCCCAUCCUGGAGGCAAGCUCUUGGAGGCGCAGAAGCAUUUUGUUUCUGGAUUCGCCUGCUGCUGUGCUAAGCUUUGUCAAGCAGGAGGCUUUCCCAGACAGGUACAGAGCAGAGCUGCUGGAGCCAGGGGUCUCACCGUCAAAGCCGAUGGGCCUGAGGACUCUGGGCAUCCCCAGAACUAGGCAUCAGCUGAGCAAGGGUUUGCAGGAUCGUACCUUGCUCUCAGGAAUCUAAAAUUCAUCUGAAUCCUGCUUCAGGAGAUCGAGAGCCUUACUCGACUCGUAUCUGGGAUUAAAUCCCCUGCCUGUCAAGUAGGAAUUACAAUAUCCCUUAUUGGCACUCUUAUUAAUUCAGACUGUAUGAUGUUUGGUGGGUUUGUUUGUUUGCUUUGGGGGGAGAAAUAAAGCCUUUUCUUUAUGUGCAUGUACACUGUCUUACAUGAUAGGACCCCAACUCUCGUUCAGGUAAUGAGAUGGCUCCUGUAAAGAGGCAGACAGUGGGACAGUCUAGCUUACAUACAUACCUGCUUCCUUUUUCCACUGCACUGAAGCAUUCAUCUCCCACCUCCUCUACAAAUGUAUCAAGAAUGAGUAAAAAAACAAUAGUACUGUGCUUGUCCUGUGUCCCAAGCAGGAGUACACACACUUGCACCGUGCAGACCUAUGCGUGCUCGGUAGACCAGACACCUCUGCAAGGCACACAGGCAGAUCACCUGCACAGCAGGUCUGACAAUGUGGGGAUUCGUUAGGCGUUGUGUUUCAGUGCUUGUAUGCUAUAUGGUUCACCUUGCCAGCGUGCAAUUGACCUAUCCUGAAUUUCUGGCUUUUCAGCAGCCCAGCUAUCUGACAGACCCGAUGGGCAUGUGGAAACUCUGAUAUUCUGAUUCCAUCCCAACAAAAUUCCCAGGUAGGGAAAGAUGAGAAGUCCAGGAAAAUACGUACAUGGGGAAGCUCACCAUGCUGAAAAAGAUGGGUUGAUUCACCUGUACCUGUGCAGCAACCAUUCGCACCUCUUCUGCUCUUUGCUGCUAUGCCUCACCUCAUGCUCGUUCUUAGCUGAGUGCCCAGGUUGUUCAGAAAGAUAAGGUUC